AUGCUCUCCAUGCAACAGUUCCCUGCCCUGCCGGCGGAGGAGGAGCGCUACCGGCAGGUCCUCGCCGGCAGCCGGGUCUUAGGAGCAGAUGAGGAUAAUAUGGGGGAUGGUUGCUCUCAAAAACUGGCUUCUGCCAAGUUUCUUCGACUUUUGCUCCUAAUACUAAUUCCAUGCAUCUGUGCCCUUAUCCUUUUGCUGGUUAUUCUGCUUACCUUUGUAGGGGUGUUAGAAAAAACUUGCUUUUAUUCAAAUGGGAGUGAGGUCCUCACAGUUAAUGGUGACAUUGAAACAUCUGACAUUCUUUUGCCAAACAUGGUUGAAAACAGUUCCACGACUAAUCCCAUAGUAGAUCUCAGCACAUGGACUCCCACCUGGACCACCACACCUUUAUCCCACACUGGCCAAAUGAACAAGAACUCAAAUGUAUUUAGAGAGACUUUCCAGGAAAACUCAUUUGUCCCUACAUCUCAAGCCUCAGUCCUCAAUCCUGAUCCUACAAAUGAUGCUGCUUUGGCAGAGGGCUCUGAAUAUAGCACCCAGCUGUUUGCCACUGCAGAGGAAGAGACUUCGUGGUCCAUAGAUGCAUCCUUCAACAUCACAGAGAGGAUGACCACUCUGCCUGUAUUAAGCCCUACCUAUCCAUCUGUGCCACAAAAAGUGGAUCAGAAAAAAAGUGCCUGCAUAAAUAUCACCAACAUCCAGUGCCAAAUGCUGCCAUAUAACUACACCACUCUAACUUCAGUUCUUUCCAUUGUCAAAAGUAUUGAAAUGGAAAAGUUCCUGAAGUUCUUCAGUUAUCUCAGUCGUCUCAGCUGCUAUCAACACAUCAUGCUGUUUGGCUGUAGUCUUGCUCUUCCUGAAUGCAUCAGUGACGGUGAUGACAGUCGAGGCCUCUUGCCGUGCAGGACAUUUUGCGAGGCAGCAAAAGAAGGGUGUGAACCCGUCCUGGGGAUGGUAAAUGCUUCUUGGCCAGAAUUCCUCAAGUGCUCUCAAUUUCACAACCAAACUGAAAAUGACACAACUGCAAGGGUAUGCUUCUCACCAUACCAAGAAAAAGGAAAGCAAUCACUGUGUGGAGGAGAGGAGAGUUUCUUGUGUGCCAGUGGGAUCUGCAUCCCGGGGAAACUGCAGUGUAAUGGCUACAAUGACUGUGAUGACUGGAGUGAUGAGGUCCAUUGCAACUGCAGUGAUGAUGUAUUUCGUUGUAACACAGGAAAAUGCCUCAAUUAUACCUUUGUAUGUGAUGGAUAUGAUGACUGUGGAGACCUUAGUGAUGAACAGAACUGUGAUUGUAAUCCAUUGACACACCAUCAAUGUGGAGAUGGGAGAUGUAUAACAGCUGAUUGGGUAUGUGAUGGUGACCAUGACUGUAUAGACAAAUCAGAUGAAAUCAAUUGCUCUUGUCAUAGUCAGGGUCUGGUAGAGUGCAAAAAUGGACAAUGCAUUCCUAGUGCAUUCCAGUGUGAUGGAGAUAAUGACUGUAAAGAUGGAAGUGAUGAAGAAAACUGCAGUGAAAGUCAAACCCUCUGUCAGGAGGGAGACCAGAGAUGUACUUCCUGUCCUGAUACCUGUGGAACUUCUCUCUGUGAAAUGAGAAACAGCCAGAUAAACUGCAGUCAGUGUGAACCAAUUACUCUGGAACUCUGUAUGAACUUGCCUUACAACUACACUAGUUACCCAAACUACCUGGGCCACAGGACUCAGAAGGAAGCCUCUGUCAGCUGGGAGUCUUCUCUCUUCCCAGCCUUGGUUCAGACCAACUGCUACAAGUACUUAAUGUUUUUUGCCUGUACAAUCUUAGUACCAAAAUGUGACCCCAAUACAAAUCAGCGGAUCCCACCUUGCAGGACAUUAUGUGUACAGUCUAAGGAACGCUGUGAGUCUGUGCUUGGGAUUGUAGGUCUGCAGUGGCCGGAGGACACUGACUGCACUCAGUUUCCAGAUGAGAACUCAGACAACCAAACUUGUCUAACACCAGAUGAAGGUGUAGAAGAGUGCUCACCCAGUCACUUCAAAUGCCGUUCUGGGAGGUGUGUCCUUGCAUCCAGAAGAUGUGAUGGUCAGGCUGACUGUGAGGAUGAUAGUGAUGAAGACAGCUGUGGCUGUGGAGAAAGGGGUCUUUGGGAGUGUCCUUUGAAGAAGCUGUGCAUCAAACACACGAUGAUCUGUGAUGGUUUCCCAGACUGCCCUGACAUGAUGGAUGAAAAGAACUGCUCAUUCUGUGGGGAGCAUGAGCUUGAGUGUGCCAACCAUGAAUGUGUGCCACGUGAGCUCUGGUGUGAUGGACAAGCAGACUGCAGCGACAGCUCCGAUGAAUGGGACUGUGUUACCCUGUCUAAAAACAUGAAUUCCUUGAUGUUUCUGACCAUUCACAGGUCAGCUGAUGAUAACCAUGUUUGUGCUGAUGAGUGGCAAGAAAAUUUGAGUCAACUGGCCUGCAAUCAAAUGGGUUUAGGAGGACCACCUACAACAGAAAUUGUACUAGAAGAUGAGGAAAUACAGCACCAAAAGUGGCUGAAUCUACACCCAGACUGGAAGAAUAAGAAUGCAUCAACUUUACACGCACUUCUAGUGAAUGGGCAGAUAUGUCGAAGCAGAAGCAAAGUGGCUCUCCUUUGCACUAAAGAAGACUGUGGCCGUCGCCCAGCUGCACGCAUGAACAAAAGGAUCCUUGGCGGCAGGACCAGUCGCCCAGGCCGGUGGCCGUGGCAGUGCUCUCUGCAGAGUGAGCCGAGUGGACACAUAUGUGGCUGUGUUCUGAUUGCAAAGAGAUGGGUCUUGACGGUAGCGCACUGCUUCGAAGGGCGAGAAAACGCAGCUGUUUGGAAAGUAGUGUUUGGGAUAAGCAAUCUUGAUCAUCCCUCAAGCUUCAUGCAGACCCGACUAGUGAAGACGAUUAUCCUGCAUCCGCGCUACAACAGAGCAGUCGUGGACUAUGAUAUCAGCAUUGUAGAACUAGAUGAAGAUAUCAAUGAAACAAGCUAUGUAAGACCUGUCUGUCUGCCCAGCAAGGAACAGUUGGUGCAGCCAGAUACCUACUGCUACAUCACAGGCUGGGGACACAUGGGCAACAAAAUGCCUUUUAAGCUUCAGGAGGGAGAAGUUCGCAUCAUUUCCUUAGAACAAUGCCAGUCAUACUUUGACAUGAAAACCAUCACCAGCAGGAUGCUGUGUGCCGGCUUUGAGUCUGGCACUGUGGACUCUUGCAUGGGUGACAGCGGAGGACCACUUGUAUGUGAGCAACCUGCAGGGCGCUGGACUUUGUUUGGUUUAACAUCUUGGGGCUCUGUCUGCUUUUCCAAGGUUUUGGGACCAGGAGUUUACAGCAAUGUGUCACAUUUUAUUGAGUGGAUUGAAAGACAAAUAUACAUCCACACCUUUCUGCUAAACUAA